AUGGAGACUAGUCCCAAAGUUAAACACUUCCUUUGGAGAUGUCUCAACAAUGCACUCCCGGUGGCGUUAAAUAUGGUGCACAGACACAUAGCUAAACAAAAGAUGUGUAGUAGAUGUGGAGAUGAGGAGGAGAGUGUAAACCAUCUGCUGUUUAAGUGUCAUUAUGCCAGAUUAGUUUGGGCUUUGGCAAAUGUUCAUAUUCCUCCAGCUGGAGUAUGGUCGGACUCUUUGUAUGCCAAUAUCCACUGGGUCUUAAAUCUGAAAAAAGAGUACCCAAUGGAAGAGGUAGAAGAGAGCUUUGCGCCAUGGUUAAUGUGGAGGUUAUGGAAAAACAGGAAUGACUUCGUCUUUAGAGGGAACGAUCAUGAUGCAGCACUAACUGUCUGGAAGGUUUGGGAGGAUGUGUUUGAGUGGAUUAGCAGAGCUGAGGUGAAAGAAAAGGAGGUUAAAGAGCCCACAGCCCCAAAACCGGAGGUCAAAUGGAAACCACCAGCGGAGAGGUACCUGAAGUGCAAUUCAGAUGCAGCGUGGCUUAAAGAAGAACGAAGUGGUGGAGCUGGUUGGAUACUACGUGAUCAUCGGGGGAGGUUGAUAUGGGCGGGUGCAAAGAAACUGGCAGAAGUGAGAUCAGCUAUUGAGGCGGAAGCAGAGGCAGUGAGGUGGGCUUUACAAACAGUGACAGGUUUUGGAUAUGACAGAGUACAAUUUGAAACCGAUUCACUUCAGUUAAUGAGGAUGAUAAAUGGAGAGGAGGAAACCUGGCCACUGUUGGAGCCCAUCAUCCAGGAGAUAGCUGCACUUAUGUCGAUGAGGGAGGAGAUCACGGUUGUGUAUUAUCCUCGGAGUGGUAACAAAACUGCGGAUAGAAUAGCAAGGGAGACUUCUACGUUCACGUCCUUUGUCCCCAAGUUAUAUUCUAUGUCGCCUACUUGGUUGUCUUCUUGUUUAGAAUCUGAUAAGUUGGUUGUAAGAACUUGA